AUGUGGGAGCCUCGUCUGUCCUCCAAUCCACUAGUUACCACCACCACCACCACAAACCUCGUCUGCACAUCACCAACAAGACUCGACCAGCUUCUCUUAUUCCCGUCGCCAUAUUCUCUAGAAGCGCGUCACCUCCACCACCAACCCAAUAAAGCUAAUGCGCACGCUCAGCAGCUGUCACAUCGAUCCCACCUGACACUCACCAUACACACCCCCGACCCUGUACGCAAACCGCCGCCUCCUCCGCCUGCGACGACCUCUUCACCUCAACACACGGUCUACCGUCGAGACUCUGCGCUCGGCGGAGCCGCUGUCCCUCGCUUCUUCUUCUUCCUCCUGCCAGCUCCAGUCCUCUCGCGCGACCAGCCGCCCCCAUCGGUCAUGACAGCCCCCAACAAGUCCUCCAAGAGGUCAUUGCCCAGGGCUGCCACGUCUCCUCUCCUCAUAUCCGUCUCGUCCUCCUCAGCUGCCACCGCAACCUCAUCCUCCGCAAAGCCUACCGCGCACAGGCUCCUCCGCAAACCCUCUGUCAGCAAGCAACCUCUCGUCCCCCUCACCGAGGCCCGCCACUACCACCACGGUCCAUCUGCCUCGCGCGCAACCGCAAGGGACACUGAACCCGAAAAGUUGGAUGCCACCUGCGACAACCCUUCCGCGGCCCGUGACGGACGCCAGUUUGCCGUUGCCAAUGUGGGAAACAAUGGGCGCAUCUACCUAAGACCCUCGGUCCGUCGAAAUCAUUCCAUAUCGCGCCCCCAACAGUCCUAUAACCUGCCGGCUUCCCCUCCACAGUCCUUUGAGGCACCGCCAGUUUCCUUCAACCAAGGUCGCAUCCCCAUUAGGCCACCCGAUGCCCAUCCCGCACCAUGGGUUAACGCACUGCAAGACUCACCCGCCAGCGGGAGCUUGGCCAGUCUCCCUGGCUCGCGUGCCGCCAGCCAACGCGGCCGUCACCGUCGCGCUCUGUCUGACAGCACCAUCCACGAACUAACCGCUCCCAAGACGGCCGAUUCCGCUGCCGUCUUGGCUGCGCCAAAGAUCUCCAUCGACGACGCCCGCCCCCGCACCAUGGACAAUCUCGCCGCUGCUACGCCGCUCCUCGACAUCAACAUUCCCAACUGGCGCCUCGGCACCCCUCAAUUUACCGUUCGCGGCACCGCCCUCAUCCGUGGCUCGUCUUACGCCCCAACAGAGGAUUUGCGCUCAAGCUCUGCUUCCAUGCUCAACACGCUACCCCGCAGUCACCGACCUACCGCAGAGUUUACAUAUAAUAAACCGACAGGAGUCUUUCUUACACCGGGGGAUGUCACUGCGCAUGCUAUCCCAAGGAGCCCAGGCCGUCCACCUUCGUCUUUGAGGCUACGCGAUAUGCGAUCCACCCAGCUAUCUACUGAUAUCAACAUCGAACCCGACAUGUUUACCGACCUCACCUUUCGUCCUGCCUGCGACGACCGCCGGCUCGUUCGCUAUACUCCCUCCACCGGCGCUGUUGCGGCCGCCACACCGCCGCGGCUUGUUGCCGAAAUCACAUCGCCAAGCUUCCUCGAUUAUGAGCUGAUAUCCGACUUUUUUCUAACCUAUCGAUCUUUUCUCGACUCACUCAGUCUUUUGCACAUGUUGUUUGCGAGAAUGCGCUGGGCUUUGGCGCGCAAAGAUGAAGUCGGCAUGAUUGUUCGCGUCCGCACUUUCGUCGCCACUCGACAUUGGAUCCUCAACUAUUUUACCGACGAUUUUCUCCUCAACUACGACCUUCGAAAGCACUUUUGCGACUCCCUCAACGCCGUAGUCAACGAUCUUUCCGACAAUGUGCAGACUAGGACUGUGCAGCUCAGAGUCAUUGCCGAACUGAAAAAGUGCUGGCGCAGGGUUUGCGCACACUACUGGGAUGGCCCAGACUUUGACGACGCACUCGGCGUCGAAACUACUGUCGUACCUGGCGGCAUUGCCGGCCAUCGCGAUCCCACCCUGACCCCGUCAUAUUGGCAAACUGUGGGAGGCCAGCCGCCACUCUCCCCGUCUAUGCUCAACCAUCAUGGUCCCGACGUUGGCUUUUCCACCGACCCAAACAAGACUCCCAAGAUUGGCGACUUCAUCGUCUUCGGUGAUCGACCUCUGACCCCAGAAAAUAUUGCUAUUGACCUGGCACGUGCGCAAACAUCGCCUCGCAGCAUAGAUAGCGCAGAUGUCGUCUCUUGCCCGUUCCCGGGCAAGGCUCUGAAGACCACGCAAUCUCAUGCCAACCAAUGGGCUGCUCAUCCUCACCCAGUGCCGGCGACAGCCCAACCGCCACAGUUUGGGGUGGCAUCUGUCCCUUCCCGAGCCUUCGCUAACAAGAAGGCCCGCCAUGGACAUUCGCACAAGCGUAGCAACAGUGUCAAUGACUCGCUCGGUUCCAAUGAGGUCGACCCCCCCACUCUUCUGCCACCUGCUGGCAGUCUCGUUCGCGGCAACAUUCUGCCUCCCGGUCAAGCCUUUGUCGACACUUCUGCACAAGACUGUGGCGGCAUGGCUCAUCGCCAGACGACUAUUUUCACGCCCCCGUCUCGACGCGUGUUUAAGGAGAAGCCAUUCCACGGUGCCAUGUCUGGGAUCGGCAUGAAGAAGCUUCUCGCCAGCGUGAGGCGCGCACUGAGCGCUCGCGGACAGGUCACUGCCCCCACGCAGGCCAACCUGACACGCAUCUCGCCGGUCGGACCGCGUCAUGUGGCCUCGAGCCGACUACCUGGUACAGCUGUCGUUCCUCAGGAAGAAGCGCAGCACCACGGUGGUCGCCCCGCAGUCCGCAUAGAUCUUUUAGGCGCGGAAGUGGCCGAGGACUUCAAAAAGGCAGUGCGCGAAGAGCAGGCAGAGGUUGCUGUUUCCGUGCCUGCUGGUCCCCUGUCUGCUCCUUUGCCGCAGGAGGCAGGUCUUGGCUUCCGGUUCGAUAGCCUGCCUUCCAUCCGGCAUCACCGUCCGACUAGCGAUAUGGGCAUCACCACGGGCAGCCAGUCUAUUGUCAUUUUUGACGACACUGUUCCCUUUGAAAUGCCGCGUGGCAGGAUGCUCCAGCAUGCCGACGGACAUUCUGUCGAGACUCUCACUGACUCGUACAUGCCUGCCACCUCUGAUCCUACCCCGCCAAAUACACCUCCCAACGUCAAUCGUGGCACUCGUCGAUCUUCGUAUCUCAUCCACCCGCGAUCGCUACGAAACCCCGACGUCCUGCCCCCUUUUAUUCCCGACCUCGCAACCCUUCAGCAGGAAGAUGGCUCUCAAACAUCAGAAGUCAUUGGUAGACCUUCCUUUGCUUCAUCUCGUCCAGGUCGACGCUACCCACCUCUCAGCGGUUCCACGUUUCGAAUGCACAGACGCACCCGCUCCUCCAAGGCACAUCAAUCUUUCAAGCCAAUGCCGCGCCGUCGCCACAGCUCCGUCAGUAGCGGCCUAGUGCCCCCAUCUACCGUUCUCAGCUUGGAUGCCGAAACGCUGUCCGAUAUUUAUAUGGGCGAUUCGCUAGUCCCAGUCCCGGAGCCUCUACAUGUGCUUCGCCGCCGCCCUGGUGGUGAUUUGCGAGCCGCUACGAGUGCUCGUGAGCUCGAUAACAAGCUUCUAAGAAGGUCACAAUCUGUCGGGUCCCUCGUCACCUACUCGGAGUCUGUUCGCAGCAUGAGCUUUUUCGGAGAGGCCCCCGAUUCUAACUUUGACGAUGCCGAGUCCGAUUAUGGCGACUACCACGUAGAGCGCCAAGAAGUCUUUUCAGUUGGUCAACUGACGAAGCAGCAACCUAAGCAGGCACCGAAUCUCUCACUCUUAAGCACGCAUUCGUCCUCUAAGCCACAAGCACGACCUUCCUUCGAGGCCGAGGCCCAACGACUCGCCCAGAUCCCAGACGACGAGGACGACGGCGGCAUUGAAUCGGCUCUGCUCAAGCUAGAAGGGAAGUUCAACCGGGGCUCCAAGGGUAGCACAGCACAGGCAGACAGUGAAGAAAUUGACAUUGAGAAGCUGGGUCGUGCCCUUCAGUUUCUCGGCGGCGUGCCAGCGGGCAGCACAGUCAGCAGACGCCACCAAGUGUCCAAAUCGAAUGCGUCGAGCAUGGGUCCUGGCACAACGGAGGAUCUUUCUGUCCCACGAAGCGAUGUCACGGGGGUUCGCUCAUUCCUUUCGGAAGCAUCCAUGGACUCGUACAAUUUGAUUCCGUUAUUAGACAGAGGGCUGACCGAGGAUGGUGGCAGCGAACGAACCAGUAGGGGUUGGGUUGAAAAGUCUGUUCUUCGUGAUUCGGAAGACCUCACCACGAUUGCCAGCAGCGAACUGCCCAAGACUUCGGUACUAUACGAUGGUGAGUCUGUGGAUAGGCAGGCCACAGCUGGCGAUCCAGAGUACGAUGUGGUGGAAAAGACGGAUAGCAUGGAUAGAAUCAUGGCUGGCGACACGCAGCCUGUACCACGCGAGCAUCAAUCGUUUCUUGAAGAUGAAAGCUACGCCAACUCUGAUAUCUCUUCUGAGAUGUCGAUGUCGACGCGAGAACCGACGCCAGCACAGACAACUGACAGAUUUCUUCGCCCCAGUGGUAAACUACCACCGCAUCCUUUAGGCGCGGCCAUCACCGACUCCAUGCUGCAGCCCAUUUCACCUCCUCUUUCUACCCCUCGACAGCAAGCAUCGCCUACUUUCCACUCUGCCAAGGCCAUGUAUGCAUCCCGUCCGCUCCCCCAUACACCCGAUGCCACGCCGACGGCGCCGUUUACGCAGACGCUCCCCGGCUUGCAGUCGUCGCCCGCGGCCCUCCACACACCUCGCAGUGCAGCAUCAGGCGAGGCCAAUACCAACAAGUUCUCCGUGCACCUGCCCUUUAUCCUCGCCUUUGACUCGGACAUUCUUGCGCAGCAAUUCACGCUAAUUGAAAAGGACGCGCUCAACGAGAUUGACUGGAAGGAGCUCAUUGAGAUGAAUUGGAAAAACGCCGCUAGCAGCGGCGCGCGCUCAUGGGUCGACUUUUUGCGGCACAGCGACGCGCACGGCGUCGAGGUGGUGAUUGCGCGCUUCAACAUCAUGGUCAAGUGGGCCAUUUCCGAGGUUGUCCUGACGCAGCACGUUGAGGAGCGGGCACGGUGCCUCAUCAAGAUGAUUCACGUGGCGGCGCACUGCCGACGCUACCGCAACUUUGCGACGCUGGCGCAGCUGACGAUUGCGCUGUCGAGUAAUGACGUGACGCGGCUCACGCGCACCUGGGCGCUGGUUCCCGCACACGACUUGCGCACGCUAGCCGAGCUCGAGGCGCUGGUGACGCCGACGCGCAACUUUUGGCAGCUCCGCGCCGAGAUGGAGGUGGGCACGGAUACAGGCUGCAUCCCGUUUGUGGGCAUCUACACGCACGACUUGCUGUACAAUGCCCAGCGGCCGGCCGAGGUGGUGGUGGACGAGGGCGGCGGCCGGCUGGUCAACUUUGAGCGCUGCCGCGUGGCGGCGGCCGUGGUCAAGGUGCUCUUGCGAUUGCUCGAGUCGAGCACGCGCUACGAUUUUCGGCCUAUCGAGGGCAUCACGGAGCGGUGUCUAUGGGUAGGCGCGCUGAGCGAUGAGGAGAUUCGGGGCCAUUCAGAGGCGCUCGAGUAG